AUGGGGGGUACAAGUUUCUUCAAAAGUUGUACCUUCCUGCUGGCAAUUCUUACUUUGCUCUGUAGUUUUCUCUUGAACUGUGUCAUGGCUAGUGUUUAUACCGUUGGUGACCAAGAAGAAUGGAGUAGCCAAACAAAUUAUGCUUCAUGGGCAGAGGGAUACAAUUUUAGCCUAGGAGAUGUUCUUGUUUUCAAGUACGUGAAAGGGCAACAUAAUGUGUAUGAAGUAAAAGAGGACACUUUCCGAUCGUGUGAUGCAAGUAGUGGAGUGUUGGCCAAGUAUGAGAGCGGAGAAGAUCAAGUGACACUAAAUGAGGUGAAGAGAUAUUGGUUCAUUUGCAACAUAGCAGGGCACUGCCUUGGGGGCAUGAGAUUUGGAGUUCUAGUAAAAGAUAGCAACAAUGUUACCACUGCUACUAAUUCCACCGAUGGUGCAUUUACCCCACAAAUUGUACAAACUCCCUCGGAUAAUUCUUGUACGAGUUAUAUCUCUGAAAGAUUGAGAGUUAUUGGGAAAUUUAUUCCUUUCGGAUUAUUAUUGUUCAACUUGUAUUUUUGA